UGGUCUAGGGUGGGGCCCAGGAAUCUGCAUUGUAACAGACAUUCUGGGUCAUUCUGAUGCUGAUUGUCUGGAGCCCUCACAGAAAAAUACUUCUCCAAGUGUUAGACAUGGGUCCCUGCCACUUAGCACAGGGGGACAGGACCUCUCAAGCUUCCCACUCUCAUAGCCCGUGACUUCUUUCUGCCAGAUCCUACCACCAGGAGGAAUGCCAAGGCAGGACCCACAGCAAGAAACCGGUAUGCCAGCCAGUGGACCCUCAACAGACCCCACCCCACCAUUUCAGCACACACCCUCACCACAGACUGGAGGCUGCCGACGCCCAGGGCUGCGGGAUCAAUGGACAAGGAGAGUGACAGUUACAGUGUCAGCCCUUCACAAGACACAGAUCGAGCGCGAAGCAGCAUGGUCUCCACAGAAAGUGCCUCCUCCACUUAUGAAGAACUGGCCAGGGCCUACGAGCACGCCAAGAUGGAAGAGCAACUGAGGCACGCCAAGUUCACCAUCACAGAGUGCUUCAUAUCAGACACAUCAUCUGAACAGUUGACGGCAGGGACAAACGAGUACACGGACAGUCUGACCUCCAGCACCCCUUCAGAAUCGGGGAUCUGCAGGUUCACUGCAUCCCCCCCCAAACCUCAGGAUGGAGGUCGAGUGAUGAACAUGGCGGUUCCAAAGGCACAUCGGCCAGGUGACCUCAUACAUUUGCCUCCAUACCUUAGAAUGGACUUUUUGUUAAACCGAAGCGGUGCCAGCACCAGCAGGGACCUGAGUUUAGGGCAAGCGUGCUUGGAACCUCAGAAAAGUCGGACCCUGAAGCGACCCACGGUCCUUGAACCGAUCCCCAUGGAGGCGUCCUCCUCCACGUCCUCCACGAGAGAGGGACAGCAGUGGCAACAAGGGGCUGUGGCCACAUUACCUCAGCGAGAGGGAGCAGAGCUGGGACAGGCAGCUAAGAUGAGCAGCUCCCAAGAAUCCCUGCUUGACUCUCGGGGCCAUUUGAAAGGAAACAAUCCCUACGCAAAAUCCUACACCCUGGUAUAACAAAUAGCAUGACUGGACAGCAGUUGUAAAUACAAUUUAAAAAAUUCAAUCAAAGCUACCUUUUUUUUACGGAAUUCCAAUAUUUAUAAUUAAAGAAAAUUGCCAAAAUAUAUUAAAAAAAGAGAAAAUACUGAAACCACAGACAGUGCAAAGACUCUCCUGCUUUUUUUCUGUCUGAGUGUGAGCUCCAUCUGCCUGGGCAUCUGAUUUUUUGGGAAAGAAGUCCAGUUUUAUGAUCUUCACAGGCUAUUGCAUUUUUACUGAUUUUCUACAAAGUGCAUGGGGGACUAAUUAAACCUUCUGACUGGAAGUUCUAUCACACAAGAUUUAAGAACGAAAACAGGAAAAAAAAAUUUACCCUCUUUGUGAAUUUAAAAGGAACCUUGAUUUGGGGGCAGGGGGGGAGACUUCAGUCACGUUUGCACACCUUUCUUUCCCAUUAGAAACUGGGUCCUCAAUUUGACCUCCUUCUGUUGUUAAUUAGGAUGAGUGCCGUCAGUGAAGGGGUUGGGGGGGAAUCAAUUUGAUUUUCUUUUUUUCUUUUUGUUUAUUUUUUAAUUUAAUGAGACACUCUUUGCAUUUUGUCUAAGCGAAAUAAAAAAGGAAAGGUUGUCUGCCUUUAUUUCGGUGUCUACCUCUCUUGUCUCCUAUUGAUCGCUGGGUCCUCCUUCCUCUUGACUCUCGUGUUUGCAAACACCAGGACUGACCCAGACGGAGCCCAGUCUAAGGAACCAGAGAAGAUAACAGCACUCCAAGCUCCUCAGGAAUGGCUGAGGAGAGCACAGAAGACACAGCUGGUCCCGACCAUAACCGGGGGCUGGCCAGGUGUUCUAAGCUUCCCAGAUGUUCCAUUCCUUCCUUGCCUUUCCACAGCACUUCGCCCUCUAGCUACGCCAGGGGUCAGCAAACCAUGGUCCACGCGCCAAAUGCAGCCCGCUGCUGCUUUUGUAAAUAACAUGUCACUGGAACACCGCCAUGUGCACCAUUUGCAUUUUGUCUAUGGCUGUUUUGUGCCAUGAUGGCAGAGCUGAGUGGUUACAACAGAGAUGGUAUGGUCUGUAAGGUGGAAAAUAUUACCAUCUGGCCCAGUACAGAAACGUCGGCAGUCUCCUCCUCUAGAGUCCCACAGGUAGCACCAGCUUGCUGGAGAAAUGAAGAGAGGACCAGGGAACUCUAUGCACCCUGCCCUCCGGGACCUGUUCUGUCACCACCAUGACUGGUAUCUAAAUUUGCAAUAGACCAUGUUAGAAUAUGUUGCCUCUGAUUCACUCCUCUGUACCCGGAGGAAAACCAGCCAAUAGUAAGUGAAGUUCCUCUGAAAUUCAACGUUUAAUUUUUUUUUUCCUCCAAGUUUAAAUUAUUUCCCACGUGGCUCAUCCUACCAGAAAACGCACUCUUAAGUAGUCUGAAUUUGAUUCUUUAUCCCAUGACACACGGUGUGCUUUAGAAAGUGCACAUCAUCCGCCCACGGCACCCACACCCACACCCCAUCCCAGACUCUCUUAGGUCUUCACAACAGGGGUCUGGCAUUGAUCAGAAAACUUGAUCAAAUGCCCAUGGCAGCUCAGUUGCCCAGGUAACACACUACGCAAGUACCUUUCUCUCUCUUAAUAGUCUCUACGGGCUCCUAUUUAAGGCCACCGGCACAGACUGGUGCCAGUUAUCACCAUCUGAGGACAUGUUCAGAAAUGUCUUUCCUGUUCUCCCCUCCUCCUUCCUUCCUUUCCUCCCUCUUUUCCAUCACUGCCUCCUUCCAUUUAUUUUCCAGGUAGGCACAUUGGCCUACCUAGCCUGCGGACCAGGUCCACAGCUCAUCUGCCAGAACAAACAUUAGAUGACUCCGUGCUUGUGAAGUGUGCUUUCUUUAUUCUUGCCACAGUUUCAGAAUUUGAUCCCUGUUGACAGUUUAUUGUCUGCACCCUUACAGACCCUCACAGACUGCUUUUGUAUGCAAAGGAAAUUAAAUGCUACUUUCUGGGAAAAAAUUAAAACUAUCUUUCAUCAAUUUAAAACUUCUAUAGUCCCCAAACUUAGAAGUUUACCAUUUUUUUCAUUUUCUCUCAAGCUGUGCAAAAAUAAAAAUUCUGCAUCAUGACUGCCUCUCUAAUGGAUUACUUUCAUAAUCCUGCCUUGACGAUGUUCGUGAAAGUGAAUUCAACACACAAGCAUUGUAUCAAAAAGUCCACUUCUCUCUCUCUCUCAGGAAGGAGCCUGGAAU